CUCAUCACGAGCGCAGUAACACUUUCAUUCUUAUCUUCCCCGAGACCAGCUACGACCCACACAUUUUUGGAAACUUCAAGGAGCGACCGAUGGCACAGAACUAGAAGGGCAGACAACACCCUCACGAUUUUCUAGUCCUACUGUGUAUGGAAAGUGAUCCUGGAUGGACCUGGGCGAAAACAUCUGGUCCAUGGUCAAGCGAGAAGUGUCCAGCAGGCCAGGGUCACCGGCUGAACAGAGCUACUUACACGGCGGGCAGGGCAGGAGGGACGGCAACGCGCACGACUCGGAGGGGCUCAGGUCACCGCUGCCAAGCGAUCAACUUGACACAGUGGGACACCGGCGCGCCGAGGGGCCAAGUAGAUCAUCUCUACACUCCUACGUUCAGUUCGGACACCAUCACAGCAACACUGAGGACAUCACUCUGUUCACAGAUUUAGACCAGGGCAACAAACUCAUCAUCUCCAGUGGAGCGCACCCGCACCACAAGGGGGGCCUUAUCGUUGACCCCAGCGACAUGUAUCAAACACUAGCCAUCGCGGCGGCCCACCAGAGCCAGGCGGGGUAUGACUCGCCCUCUGGGGGCUAUAUGCACUCCAACCCCAACUCUCCAGUGUAUGUACCGAGCUCACGGGUGGGACCCAUGAUACCCAGCCUUCCUUAUUUGCAAGCCAGUGGAUCGUCUCAGCCCAGCCAUGCGGUCACCAGCCACUCAGUCUGGUCGCAGUCUACUCCGGAGAGUCCCUCCUACAGCACCGGGAGUCCUCAUACCUCCAACCGUUUCCACUACCCUCCAAGCCCGCCCAUGAACAACGGGGUGCCCAGGGAUAACGGCUACAGUAAUCCGCUGAAUGUGACCAGCCGAGACCAGUAUGGCCUCUCGCGCCCCCUCAGUGGCUCCUACACCAGCCCCUACUCCCCGUAUGUUGGACCACAGCUAUCCCAGUUGUCCUCGCCUUGGCCUGGAGGACCAUUUGAUAACACCAUGCUGCACACUUUGCAAAGCAGAGGUGCGCCCUUGACGAUUCGAGGACCUAACGGAGAUAUUCUCGAUGACCUGGGGGAGAGCAGGGAAUGCGUCAACUGCGGCUCCAUCUCCACGCCGCUCUGGAGACGCGAUGGCACGGGCCACUUUCUCUGCAACGCCUGCGGCCUGUACAGCAAAAUGAAUGGACUCAGCCGGCCAUUAAUUAAACCACAGAAGCGGAUGUCAUCAUCCCGGCGAAUCGGCCUCUCCUGUGCCAACUGUCAGACGAGCACAACCACCUUGUGGCGCAGAAACGCAGAGGGAGAACCAGUGUGCAACGCAUGUGGGCUCUACACAAAAUUACAUGGAGUACCUCGGCCGCUCGCCAUGAAGAAAGAGGGAAUUCAGACGAGGAAAAGAAAACCUAAAACUUUGAACAAAACCAAGGGGUCCUCUGGAAAUAGUAAUUCAGUCGCCAUGACUCCGACGUCCACGUCUUCUUCCAACUCUGAAGACUCGAAGAACAGCUCUCCGAACACGCAGGUGCCAGGGGUUCAGUCCUCUGUACUGAGUGGCCCAGCGGAGGGCUCAGCUGGCUCUGGUGGCUCUGCCGUGGUCAAGUACCCAGACCAGGACGGCCUCUACACCCGUGUGGGCCUCACCCAGUCUGCAGACGUAGCCGGCUCCGUCAGGGGGGAGCCCUGGUGCCCUAUGGCCUUGGCCUGAGUCACCGAGCUGGGGGAUGGAACCCACUGCACUAGCCUCUCUCUCUCGCUCUGGAUGUCCUGCUGCUGAGUGGUGGAAGUAUUCAGUGCCUCGAUGGUUGUGGGCCUGUUUCCUACUUCCCAGCUAACAACUGUUGGACAGAGACAGACCUUUCGCCCCUUCACACCCCUGCAAUCUUGAAAUGUCUGUGGAAUAUUUGGGAUUGAUUUCCAGAAUGAUAUGGGAAAACCUUAGUGCCUUAACACAAAGGGAAAUAUGUGAGAGGCCAGUUGAUGCAUUCUUGUUAGUCUCCAGUUUAGAUGCUUUCUGGACCGACCUGCUGUGUACUCAAUAUCUCUCUCUCUCAGCCAUGGAGGUGGAUCAAAUGUUCUUUGUUGUCUGAAAUGAAGAAACCUUUACAUAAUGCUAUGGAUUCCCCCACUCAAGACAAAAGCAGUUAAUUGGAUAUUAGUGCUUGAUAAAAGCACUAUCCAUACAAAGGACAUUUUGAUAAUACAUUUUUUUUGCAACUGGAAUCAAGCUAUCAAGUUACCAAGACAACCUUCCUGAAUCAAGAGAAAGUAUUUAUUAAUCUUCCAUUGUAGAAAAUAUGACUAUGAUUGUUAAAUAAAGAUAUGGAUAUAGAGUAGAACUGAAAGAAAAACAUUUCUUAUGUCUUCAUUUUAAAUAUGAUUUUUCAUUUCUUUCUCUCUUGUUGAGUUCGUAGUUGUUAGUUAUAGCAAACAUGUUUUUCCACUGAUAGCUCUUACUGUAGGCCUAUCUGACUGAAACUCUUAUGGUUUUCAACAGGGUAUCAAAGACUGUGACAUCCUAUGUCAGUCCAUUUUAUUUUUAAAUUAUUUACUCAAUUCUUAAAUAAUCAAAUCCUACAGAUGAAAUUAAAAUACUGUUAAUUUAUGGUACUAUUUUUUUAAAAGAAAUUGGUAGAAGCUGUUUUUUCUAAGGUGAGGAUAAAAAAUAGAGAACAUGUUCGCAAACUUUUUGACACAGCUAGCUAAAACGGUUUGAACAAAUGGCACCCAUAAUCAUUUUAUAGAUGCAUCUUUUUGUUACAAUACAAAACUGUAAAAGAGGACUGCUGCAGUAUUCUCUGGUUGCAACAAAGACUACCUAACUGAUAUAAACUGUAUACAUUUACUGUUGCAUACAUGCAAGUGAUUUUCCUGAUAAAAUUUGACAGAAAUACAAUGAAAAGGCUAAAUGGCACUGAGGUCAACAUAUAUUAAUUUAAUGUACAAUAUGGAGAAAUAGAGGUGGAAUUAAUAAAUUGCCCUCAGUUGACCUCCUCUUUUUCAGUUGAUAAAAGAGGAAUCUUACAGAUGCAGGAUCUUAAUUUGAGCCAGUUUGCCACAGCAGGGAAGUAAUCCUGCAGCAAUAGGAAAUGUGGAUUAUA